AUGACGAAGCUCAUUCUUUCGACGAGCAACAUCGUCUCUGGCGGCCCAUCGAUUGUUCGCACGCCGGGCGCGUUCCGGUCCAACCUUGAGUUGACCAGUUCCCUGCGCAGCAAUUUCCAGACUGCGCAGCAGGAGAGCCGAGAGGAGGCGGCGUACAAUGCCCGCAACGGUGGUCUGGCGGACGCCGCAACCGGCACGAAUGGCAUAAACGGCCAUGCGAUAUGGAGUGCAACAGCCUCGGCAGGACAUGCAAAGGGCCAUGCAAACGGCGACGUAACCGGCAACGCAAACGGAACAGCACAAACGAAUGGAGUCCAUGUCAACGGCGUCAACGGCGUCCAUGGCGUCAACGGCGUGAGCAGCACACAUGGACACGGCUGCGGCCAGCGGCGCCCGCCACUGGCCGCCUGGACACAGCGCGAGGACACCACGCUGUACAUCCCGCGCAUCGACUACCCACCCGCCGGCGAGUCGGCCACCACGCUCACAACAACGGCGGACGCCGAGGGCAGCAGCAUCACGAGCGGCGGCAGCACGGGCAGCAGCAGCGGUGGCCUCCAGGAAGAGGCGGCGCAGUACAACACCACCGUCAAGCUGUUCUUCCUGCCUGGCGCGGCCUCGGUCGACGUCACCUCCCGCGCGCAGUAUGUCGACGAGGCCCUGGCGCUCGUGUUCCGCGAGCUCGGCGUCGCCAGCGUCGACCUGCUGAUCUUGUCGUUCCCCGGCAUGUCCUUUGAGGGCGACUGCGAGUGGGCGGCCGACAAGAUCAACGCCACCCAGGGCGACGACGACGCCGAAGCCGCCACAUGGGCCGCCUCGGCCGAGACGCUGUUCAAGGCCGGCAAAGUGCGCCGGCUGGGCGUGGCCGAGUUUGGCAGCACGAAGCUCGAGCGGUUUGUCGCCCGUGUGGGCGUGCCGCCGUCGGUCGACCAGAUCAACGUCCACAACUGCUGCAACGUGCCGCCGCCGCUGGCGGCGCUGGCCAAGGCCAAGGGGAUCGAGCUGCUGGUGCACACAGACUGCACGGAUGUGCUGCCACCAGGGACGCUGCGGGAGCUGCUGGGUCCCCGGGGUGCGGGCGUCCUGGCUGACGAGGGCGAUGCUGCCACCAAUACGGCGGCGCCCACGGACGCCCUGCGCGGCGACCUCACGCCGUUGUGGGUCGUCAAGUACACGGCCGUUGUGCGCGACCGUGGUGUGAUUGAGAACAAGGGCUACUUUGCUGGCGCGCUCCUGCACGAUGAGUAA